UGUUAUUGAAGUGCAUUUCUGUUAUGAAAUUUUAUGUUUUAAAAUUUAAAUUUUAUUCAUUCAACUAAACGUCACAAAGUGCACGAUGAGCGACAAACAGAGAAAAUGUGUAUUAUUUAUGGGAAACUCUUUGUUGGAUAUGUCGGCAAAAUGUGACCUAAAAUUAUUAGAGAAAUACAAUCUAAAAGUAGACGACAAUUGCGAGGCCGAGGACUACCAGUUGCCCAUAUUUGACACAUUACUCGCAAUGCCUGAUGUGGUCACUACACCCGGAGGAUCGGCACAAAACUCGUCGAGAAUCGCACAGCAAUUACUUAUCGACAAAACGGGCGCCGAAUCCGUAUAUUUCGUCGGAAGCAUUGGAAACGACAAAACAGGACAAAAACUCGAAGAGUUGGUCCGAUCGGCAAAAGUCCGCACUCUAUACUACUAUCACCCGACACUCGGCACCGGUGUGUCGGCCGGAAUGGUCACGUCCGACACGAAUCGCACUCUAAUGGCUAAUAUCGGCGCCUCUAAGGCGAUGCCCGUAGAGUUUCUGGACACGGAUGCCGUCCGACAGGCUCUCGACAACUCAAUCAUACAUUUUGUUGAGUCCUAUUUCGUGAAUCACUCGCCGUUAACAGUGCUCUCAUUGGCCAAAAUCAGCCAAACGUUAAACAAAAACUUUUUCCUCUCGCUGUCGGCGACAUAUAUCGUGAGCCAACACUUCCCAAAACUGAUGCAAUUGAUGCCAUACACGGACGCCGUGUUCGCCAACGACUCUGAGGCCAAAACAUUUUACACUCAUCUGACGGGCGUUAAGACUGACGACACGAAACUCGUGGCCAAAAGUAUUGCCAAAAUUGAGAAAACAAAACAAACGGAUAGUCUGUGGGCGGGUAUAAAGCGAUGCGUUUUCAUCACUCGGGGCGCGGAGGCAGUGAUUGUCGCCAAAUACAUGUCUACAGAAGAGGUGACUGUCGACGAAUACCCGGUGCCAAAGAUUGAGCUCAAAGGCGAUACCAUUGGCGCCGGCGAUGCUUUUGUGGGCGGAGUUGUAUCGCAUCUGGUCUGCGGUCAUAGUAUUGAAGAAUCGGCCAAAUUUGGUAUUGAGAUCGCGGGACAGGUCUGUCAGAAUAGGGGAUGUGUUUUGACAAUUAAAUGA